AUGAAUAGUUCGGCGGCCUCCACUUCUUCGACCAUUUCGAGCACGACGACUCCUCCAGCCAACGUCAUCAGCAGCAGUAUCAGUAAAAACAAUGAACAUCAGAAUAAUGGCACGUGCAUACAAAUCGCUGAGGCGAUAGCGGCACAAGGCAUCGAUGAUAUCACUGUAGACUUCUACAUCCGAUCAAUCUUCACAUUCCUCUACGGGUUUCUAUUCGUCUUAGGCAUUUUCGGAAAUGGCGGUGUGCUAUGGGCGGUGGCACGAAACAAACGGUUGCAAUCGGCGCGAAACGUAUUCCUCCUCAAUCUGAUCUUCACCGAUCUGAUAUUAGUGUUCACGGCGAUCCCUGUCACGCCAUGGUACGCAAUGACCAAAGACUGGGCAUUCGGGUCAGUGAUGUGUCAUCUGGUGCCGUUGUCCAACUCGUGUUCGGUGUUCGUCACAAGUUGGAGUCUCACCGCGAUUUCUCUAGACAAAUUUUUGCAUAUCAAUGAUCCGACGAAGCAGCCUGUCUCGAUCCGCCAAGCUCUCGGCAUCACAUCACUCAUCUGGAUUGUAUCGACACUCAUCAAUCUACCGUACCUUAUGUCAUUCGAACAUGUGGAAGGAUCAUUCUAUGUGCAGCCUGGAGAGACACCGUACUGCGGACAUUUCUGUGAUGAAGCGAAUUGGCAAAGUGAAAAUAGCAGGAAAUUGUAUGGGACGACAGUGAUGUUGUUGCAGUUCGUCGUCCCAAUGGCAGUCAUCACCUAUUGCUACUUCAAAAUUCUCCAAAAAGUUUCCAAAGACAUGAUAAUUCAAAACGCUCAGUUCUGUCAGUCGCUUACUCAAAAACAGCGGAGUGAUGCGACAUCAAGAAAGAAGAAAGUUAAUUAUAUAUUAAUUGCAAUGGUUGUCACCUUCAUCGGUUGCUGGCUACCUUUAACACUUCUAAAUUUGGUUAAGGAUUUCAAACAAGAACCAGAAUGGCUGAAACGUCAACCGUUCUUUUGGGCAAUUGUGGCACACGUCAUCGCCAUGUCGCUUGUAGUCUGGAAUCCUCUGCUCUUCUUCUGGCUCACCAGGAAACAGAAGCGAUCCGGGUUGUCAAAAAUUCUGAAUUCAACGGAGAUUGUCUCCUCGUUCGCCAGCCGGGUGAGCAACUCGAUUCGACGGUCUACAUUUAGGAGAAACAAUAUUGACAGGGUUCGAAAAAAACAGGUAGUACUGGACUGCGAGGGAUCCAGCUACACGACCUCCUCACGUCCACUGCUCAUCCGGACAGAUGUGCAGGCAACUCUUUCUAAUGGCUCGACGAGCACGACGAGGGAGAUGCUCUAA